AUGUUGGGCAUGUUUGACAGCAAGUUUCCAAACAAAGCGUGCGCUGAGAGGCUGACGAGAAAGGGCGACGUGGACAAAAGAGGUUUGAGGUUAACGGAGAGUAAAGACAAGGGCAGGAAGAUACUGGAAGAGAAGGAGGAGCCAUUAAGAUGUGGACAGAAACACAUCCAGGAAAUGUCCUGGAAAGAGGACAGAAGGGGAAAGAGAAACAAGGAGAGGAUGAGAUGGAAGACGAUGAUACAUCAUCUCCUGGCAGCCUCCAUUUGUCACGCUCUUAUUGGGAGGGAAAUGGAAUUUGGGGGGCGUGCGCGGGACGAGGGUCAGAGAGGUGGUGAUGUAAGCCAGGAGGGAGCAGACGGAACAAGGACAAGGAAAAUAGACAUGGGGGCUGUCAGGAAGUGGAACAUGGAGGCUCUACUUCCAAGCUCCAACGGGAAGUCGUCCGGCUGGGAUGAGAACGAGCGCAGCUACCGACCCAACCUGUGGAAGAGGAUGUCCUUCCAUGUCAAGAAGAAGGAGGCAGCGGAAGCCAACCAGACCGCCAUCAUCAAGCCCUUCUCCCAGCCGCCGCCCUCCUGCCAGGCCGGCGAGGAGGGAGGAGCGUGGCGGGCGGCAGACAGCGGCGACAUCAGCGUCAUCGGCGUGGGCGAGCUGCGGGUGAUCGGAGGUCCAGCAGAGGGCGCCACCGUCAUGGAGCAGAUCAACUGCGUGGUCAACAGCUUCAACGUCGUCAGCCCGCCCAGAGGAAGACCCGCCCGCUCCGCCGUGACCUUGCACGCCGAGGUCGCCGCUUUCUGCGAGGGCCGAGCCACGGGGAAGUUGUACGAGCAGCUGGCGGGGACGUGUGCACGCAGACUGCGAGAGGCGGACGCUCUGACCCCGCCCUCGCCCUUCCGGGACGCUGAGCUGAGCUCCGACAGUAGCUCCUCCCACUCCGGGGCCGACUACGGCCAGUUUCUCCCACGACACUACAGCCAGAGCGCCUCCUCUCUGUAGAGCGCUUUUUCUUGAGCUUUGAGCUGGCGGCCCCUGGGCGUUGCCGUAGCAACACUCGCCCGGAUGCCCCCAGAUUGAACCGGCCCAGACUUUUGGACGCGUUGACUUUGGAGACCAGUCCUGGAGGCGUGGCCGUGUUCCAGGAGGCGGGACUUGAAGGUUGUUUUUUUUUCCCGCCGACUGUGCUGGUCUGGACGAGGUCCCGGUGUGACCUUUUGUCUUCUUCUCGGCUUUUUCCCAAACGUGACCACAUGCAGACCUGUCCUCCUUCCGCGGACUGACGUGAGUGAAUGCAGGCAAGUCAGAGAUCUGUCCCCCCCGCCUCCCUCGUGUUUCUGCAGCCCAGACCAAGUAGCCUUGUCCGCCCUCAGCUUGCUCCUUAUUGGCCCUCUGCGCAAUAGAUUAUUAAUGAGGUGAUUAAAAAUGGUGGUACCUCCGUUUUUGUACGUCCCACUUUCCCUGUGAUUCAGUUUAAAUAUUCCAUCUAAGUUGUCAAACUACUCCAGGGGUGUCCCAAACUUUUCCCACUGAGGGCCGCACUCUGAAAAAUCUAAGCAUGCAUGUUGAAAUUAAUACAAUGUAUACAUUUUUUUCAAGCCUUUAGGGCCCCCCUCAAGUUUGGUCUCGGGGACCCGGAAGGGUCUCAGUCAUAAGUCAUGUAUUGUUUUAUUUUAUUGUUGUAUUCAAUGCUUAAUCUCUAUAUCAGCUUUAGAUCUAUCUGUCGAUAUAAAGUUAAAAAAAUUUUUUAAACACUUUAGGCCUUUUUUGUCAAAGAAAAACAUUUAUUGCAAAAACACAAAAUAUGCUAUCUCCCCCCCCAAAAAAAUAUUUCAAAGUGGAAUAUUUGAUUUGAAGUAACUGGAGCCUUAAACAGGUUAAUAAUUCAUAACAACAUUGAUUUUGAUUCAUUAUUAUUUUUUGAGCAAUGAGUUUAAAAAAAAUAAAGAAAAUCUCACUGAAAUUGGGGAUCUAAAAGGGUCAUAACCCAACUUAUAAAAAUUUUAAAAAUACGUCAGACAUUUAUUUUUAUUUUUUUACUUUCAACGCUUAAAUCUCGAGAUUAACUUCAGGUCUAUCCGUCAAUUAUAAUUUUUAAUGUAUUUUUAAUGUCUUUUUUGUCAAAUUUUUAAAAAUGUUUUUUUUUUUAUAUUUUCCCCCAGAAAUAUUUCAAAGUGGAAUAUUUGAUGUGACGUAAUUGGAGCCUUAAAUAUGUCAAUCAUUCAUAACAACAUUGAUUUUGAUUAAUUAUUAUUUUUUGAAUAAUGAGUUAAAAAAAAAAAAAUCCUAAAAUUCUUGGGCAUCUAAAAGGGUCCCUACUUAUAAAAAUGUUAAAAAUACUCAGACAUGUUUUAAUUUUUUUUUUCUUUUAACGCUUAAAUCUCUAGAUUAACUUCAGGUCUAUCCAUCAUUUAUAAUUUUUUAUUAAUUUUUAAUGUUUUUUUAAUGCCUUUUUUGUCAAAUUUUUCAAAAAGAUUUUUUUAUAUUUACUCCAAAAAAUAUUUCAAAGUGUAAUAUUUGAUGUAAAGUAAUUGGAGCCUUAAAUAUGUCAAUGAUUCAUAACAACAUUGAUUUUGAUUCAUUAUUAUUUUUUUAACCAUGAGUUAAAAAAAAAAAAAUCCUAAAAUUAUUGGGGAUUUAAAAGGGUCCCUACUUAUAAAAACGUUUUUUUAAUUUGACUUUUAACGCUUAAAUCU